AAGGGUUAAAGCCUUAAGAGAGGCAAAGUAUUUAGCAGUACACAGCUCCAUUUUGUUUUCUAAAGCUCCGGAAGACACAGAUUUUUUUGCGUCAAACGACGGGAAAUACACAGCGAGGAGCACGAGUUUUGGACGUGUUGUUAAUUGCAAUUGCAGGGCAAAAGAAGGUAGGAGCUUGCAGAAGAGGAUAAAGUAACUCAAAUUUCUUGUGAACGCUCGCGGAGACUGCGAUUUGUUCGUUAAGAGACGUGCUAAAAUAAAGCUUGUAGUGUUAGGGUUCGUUGUUUAAGCUUAAGGUAAUUGAUGGCCGCCAGCACAGAAGAAUCACCUGCACCUGCUGCUGCUACAAACACUACCAUGUCAACUGAAGUAACUGAAACUGUGAAGGAAGUAAUUACUGCUCCUGCACCUGCACCGGUAGCUGAGCCCGAGACUGUAAAAAGCAAAGAAGAAGAGACCAAGGUAGACAGUGGACCUGUUGCCGAAAGCAGUCCAAGCAUGGAACCCCAGGGUGCCUCCUUCAAAGAGGACAGCUACUUUAUAUCGGAACUGAAAGAAUCUGAGAAGAAAGCCUUGCAGGAGCUUAAGCUCCGAGUUGAAGAAGCCUUGAAAAACAAUGAAUUCACUGAACCUCCUCCCAAAGAACCUGAAACCAAAGAGGCGGAAGCUGCCGAGGCCAAAGAAGGAACUAAAGAGGAAUCUAAAGAAGAAGGGGGCAAAGAAACAGAAACAAAGGGUGAAGAGGAUAGCAAAACCCCUGAAACCAAAGUAGAGGAGGUCAAGGGAACAGUGGAAGAAGAAAAAAUUGUAGAAACUAUCACUGAAAUAGAUUGUAAGGUCGGUGAAGAAGACGUUAAAAAGGAAGAGACUGUAGUUACAGUCACUGAAAAGAUCGAAGUACCGGCUCAGGGUGAUGUGCCAAAGCAUGAAGAAACAGUAGUUGUUGAUUCAGUUCCAUUGGCGGAAACAACUGCAGUUGAGGCUGCAGAAACCCCUGUUGAGGUUACUGUUACUAAAGAAACUGUGGAGGUUGAACUUCAACCAGUGGAGGACAUUCACCUAUGGGGGGUCCCUCUUCUCCAUACCCAUGGUGAUGAAAGAACCGAUGUGAUCCUUCUGAAGUUUCUCCGAGCCAGAGAUUUCAAGGUUUCAGAAGCCUUCACCAUGCUCAAGAACACAAUCCUUUGGAGGAAACGCUUCGGUGCUGAUAGUAUUUUGGAAGAGGAUUUUGGUACUGAAUACGAUGGUGUGGCUUACAUGCAUGGGUGUGAUAAGGAAGGGCAUCCAGUGUGCUAUAAUGUUUAUGGGGUUUUCCAGGACAAGGAGACUUACCAGAAGUCAUUCGGUGAUGCUGAGAAAUGUGACCGGUUUCUGCGGUGGAGAAUCCAGUUAUUGGAGAAGGGAAUCCAGCAGCUGAGCUUCAAGCCUGGAGGUGUAAAUGCGAUGGUUCAGAUUACCGACCUUAAGAAUUCACCUGGACCUGCCAAGAAAAAUUUGCGACAAGCUACCCAGAAGGCUUUGGACAUCUUUCAAGACAAUUAUCCAGAGUUAGUUGCUAGGAAGAUCUUUGUGAAUGUACCUUGGUGGUAUGCAGUGUUGUCUGCAAUGAUAUCUCCAUUUCUGACGCAACGAACUAAGAGCAAGUUUGUUGUUGCUCGCCCUGCUAGAGUGACAGAGACUUUAUUCAAGUAUAUUUCACCUGAGUAUGUUCCAGUGCAGUAUGGAGGUCUAAGCAGGGAAAAUGAUGCCGAAUUCUCAGCAGCAGAUGGUGGAGUUUUCGAGCUGUUCAUCAAACCAGCUGCCAAGCAGAUUAUUGAGAUUCCCGUAACAGAGGCUGGAUCUUCACUGGUUUGGGAUAUAAUAGUUGUGGGCUGGGAGGUGACCUAUAGCGAAGAGUUUGUACCUAAUGCAGAAGGUGGUUACACUGUUAUCAUACAGAAAGCGAAGAAAAUGGCCAUUGAUCAAGAACCAGUUCGGAAUUCAUUCAAAAUCAGCGAGGCAGGAAAAGUAAUCUUGACAAUUAACAACACUUCGUCAAAGAAGAAGCGAAUUGUUUACAGAACCAAAGUCAAGAAUGAUCUUCAACAAAUAGCAUGAAAGGAUUUGUGCUGCUUAUUUCUUCUACCCUAUGGAAAGAAAUGGCCAGCUUGUGAUAACAGAUAACACAUUACAGAUUCAUUCAUGUGCAUAUACAUCUUAGCCAUUAUUGCCAUAAGAACAUUUUGGAGUUUAUUUUCAAGCUGUAUUUGCUGCUGGCUUGUGAGUUUUUUUUGUUUUGUCGUAAUACCGUGCCAAAUUACAGGCAUUUGAGACUGAUUUGGCAUAACGCUGUCUCUGUACACCUAUAAAGAUGCAAAUCACAGCCAUCUGGAUAGACAUCUUAUCAUCAUCAUCAUCUUAGUCGUUACCAUUAUCAGUUUGAUCGUGUAAAUUGUCUGUAUAGUGUCUUGGUUUUCCAAUUUGUUACUAGCAAUCUAUCUAUCCGUGAGAUACGAUAGAGAUCUUUCUUGUCUAGUGUCAGGUCCUCAUGUAUUUCAAUUAUUUCCAUUGAUUAUUUGAUUGUGCUACAUUAUUCUAUUGAAAUGAUUUUGUUCUUGAA